UCCUAUUCUGUCUGACUGUCUCGCAGAUCCUCUUCCUGGGAUUAAAGAUGACCGUCAUCCUGGACUUUGUGGAAUGUCUCACGGACUCGCCACGUACAAGGGCAGCCAUGGAGGCCGUGGAGUCUGAAGUUUCUGAUUUGGAGUCUCGUCUUGAAAAGCUCGUGAAGCUAUCCUCUGCUAUGGCUGAUGGAGGACGUCAUUACUGCAACGCUAGCCGGCAAUUUUUCUCUGCCCUGCGUGACUUAUCUUGCCACUCACCAUCCGACUCCACACUGAAAGAAUGCCUGGAUUGCUUCUCUGAAGGUCUUUAUUCAAUGAUAGACAAUCACAUGGAACUCCUGGACUCCAUUCAAGAGAGCUUCAAACAGAGACUGCAGCAUCUUCUGAAAGAAGACCUGAGGUCGUUCCGUGACAGCCGUAAAGAAGUCGAGCGCUGCCGGGAAGGUCUUGAGAGUGCACUGCAUCACAAUGCAGAAUUAUCACGCAAGAAAGUCCAGGAAGUGCAGGAUGCCGCAAACUCUGUCCAAGCAUCUCGCAAAACCUUCCGUGAGCGAGCACUGGAGUACGCCUUACAGAUCAACGUCAUUCAAGGGAAGAAGAAAUUUGACAUUCUGCAGUUUAUGUUGGAUCUGAUGGAGGCUCACGCCUCGUUCCUUGAGCACAGUCAAAAAGCAAUGAAGGAACUGGAGCGCUACCGCAAGGAUCUUGCUACACAAGUUGCACAUUCAGUGUUAGAAGGUGCCAGGGAGCAGAGAGACUUGGAACAAAAACUAAACAACAUAAAAGACAAGGAGGUGUCUGAUGAGGAUGCGGUCUCUCAAAGCGAGGAUCUAUCUUCAGAAAUUGUCAUUGAAGGCUAUCUCUUCAAACGUGCCAGUAACACCUUCAAGACAUGGAGUCGUCGCUGGUUUUCCAUUCAGAACAAUCAGCUGGUCUAUCAAAAGAAAGUAGAUGUUCUGACUGUUGUGGUGGUUGAUCUUCGACUCUGUGCAGUAAAAUUGUGUCCUGAUGCUGACAGACGGUUUUGUUUUGAAGUUGUUUCACCAGCAAAGUCAUGCAUGCUUCAGGCAGAGUCCGAACGUGUGUUACAGUUGUGGGUCAGUGCAGUCCAACGGAGUAUCACAACAGCAUACAGUGACAAUAAACGUGACAGUGGUAGCCUUCGACAGUCCCGCUCCCAAGUAGAGGCUCCCACACAGCAAAGGGGAGCACAGUGUGCGCAGGAUGCUGUACUGAGGGUCCCUGGAAAUGCUGCCUGCUGUGACUGCCGUGCUGCGGAGCCUGAGUGGGCAAGCAUCAACCUGGGGGUUACCCUCUGCAUAGAGUGCAGUGGAAUACACAGGAGUUUGGGGGUACAUUUCUCUAAGGUGAGAUCACUAACACUGGAUUCCUGGGAACCAGAACUAAUCAAGCUAAUGUGUGAACUUGGGAACAACACGAUUAAUGGGAUCUACGAAGCUCGAAUUGAAGAAAUGAAUAUAAAGAAACCAACGUCCAGCAGUGCACGCAGUGAGAAGGAGAUCUGGAUACGAGCAAAGUAUGUGGAGAAAAAAUUUAUCACCAAACUCCCACAAACAGCACUUCGUAUCUCCAGUCAUUCCACCAACCGGCCACUUAGUAAUCCUGAAACAAGAAGCACGGGGGAGAAGAUAGUCAGAACUGAAACACAACCAGGGAUGAACAAGACAAUCUGCAGCCCUAGCAGACAAAAGGAGAUUGAACAAACAAUCAGCAAUCCAGCUGCUGAUCCAGAGGCCAACAGGUCCAUCACUAGACUGCGGAAAGGUCCAAAACCAGUCCUGAGACCAAGACCAGGCACAGCUCCUUCCACACGUGGAGCACCAUCUGGUUGUGGAGAAGGGACUGAUGUACGUAGCCUUCACCCUGGGGCUCUCCUAUACCGCGCUGCAGAGCAUCGCUACCUCCCAACUAUGGCAGACGCCCUUGCUCAUGGUGCGGAUGUUAACUGGGUGCGGAGUGACGAAGAUGGUAAAACUCCACUGAUCCGGGCUGUGCUCUCGGAUUCACUUGUUGCCUGUGAAUUUCUUCUCCAAAACGGGGCGGGUGUCAACCAGGCAGAUAAAGAUGGACGGGGACCGCUGCACCAUGCCACCCUGCUGGGGUACACAGGGUUGGCGUGUCUGUUUUUGAAGCGGGGAGCAGAUAUUAACGCAUUGGACAGUUCUGGGAAAGAUGUUCUGUCUAUUGCUAUCGAAAUGGCCAAUGCAGACAUUGUAACCCUGCUGAGACUCGUGAAGAUGAGAGAGGCCGAUAUUGCGCUGGGACAAGCAGGUGAUGAGACAUAUUUAGAUAUAUUUCGGGAUUUCUCUCUCAUGGCAUCUGAUGCACCAGAAAAACUAUCCCGUCGAAGCGGUGACCUCCAUCUUUACACCCUAUGAGAUACCUCACAACCCCGUUGGCAGCAUCGGUUCUUAAAAACAGCUCUUUGCCCAGCUUGUGAAGUACCCUUAGUCUUCAAGGGAGAACUAUGUAAAUUACUGAAUGUAAGCUUGUUAAUAACAAGUACAUUAUCAGUGGAGCUACCAUAUGUAUGGGCACAUUGAAGACAAUUUUGAUUUUAAAAUAAAAUUACUUUCCUUCACUUAA